AUGCAACGAAAAGAAAGUAAAAAGGCCACAAUUCCAAAGAUGGUGGCUAGAGUCUUAUAACAAAAUGAAGCAUCUGAUAAAUUAACAAAUUUUCUCUUUAUUAAAUAAGGUUAGGAUAGAAUAAAGAGGACUAUUUUAGCAUAUUUGAUUGGAGAUUUUACAAAUUUAAUUCUGGUUUCAGGAUAAUGGUAUGUAGGAUUUCAAUAGACAUUGAAGGAAUGGCUUGAAGAUUUAGAUAAUAGAUUUAUAAAAGCACAUUUACAUAUACUUUCAUUUAAAAAUAGUGAUUUCUUAUAGUAAAGUUUUUGGGUGGAUAGUACUAAAACAAAGAAAUUAUUUAGAUGGGAUAGAACUAUAAUCUCAGAAGUAUUAAAUGGAUUUAAUGGGAAAUGCAUUACUAUUGCUUUUAAAUAUAAUCGUAAAUAUAGAUGUGAAUAUAAAUUUGAUGUCUUACCUCAGAAUUCAAAGAGAGUUAUUUGGAUUGCAAGAGAAUAAACCAAACAUAAUUUUGAAAGUGUCUCUUAAGUAAUGAACAUCUAACCAAUAUUGACAGGAGAUUGUGUUAAAAUAGCAAUCAAUUUUUAUAAUAAAUUGGGAUUCAUUGAUCCAGAUACAAUUGAAUUUGAGGAUCCUUAAAUAGAAUAAUCAAAAGAACGAAUUUGUUCAAUAUAAAAGUAAUUUUUUGAUUGGGUUGGUAUUGAAUAUGCAAAAUAGAGACCAUCAUUGCGUGAUUAUUAAAUUCAACCACAUUUGCGUUUGAUAAAUUGUAGAUGUGCUGGAGUUGAUACUGUUGCAUAUUAAUUUUUUUAUGAGGCAUGUGAAAUAGGUAUGCUAUAGCACAAUGAACAUCUUAGGAUCGUUCAAAAAUGACCUUUUAGGAAUUCCUAUUGAAGUAGUACAAUAAGGAUAGGAGGUAGUAACAGAAUUGAAGAAAGUAGGUCUUGUUAGUGAUAGAGAAUGUAAACUAUAAUUAAGAAAGCAAGAUUAAUUAAUAUUCUACUAAACAACUGGAGAUUGA